AGGUUUUUUCAUUGUAUAUUUUGGGCAGAACUAACAAUAAGGCAAGGUUGCUGUAAACAAGAUAAAUAAUAUUUUUUGACAAAUGUAUUACAGUAUUCGAAAUAAAGAUCCUAUCAUAAUAGAAGGAAAAAGGACAAAACUCACACAUUGAUAAAUAUGAGUACAAUCUUCAAUGGCACUUGCCCGAAAAGGGAUCUAAGAAGUAUUUUUGCCAAACAAAACAAUUUUAAUAGUGAAGAGACUGUAUUCUGUACAGAGGAUAAUUUAGAGCAGUCUUUGUAUAUAAUAAAUGAAGAAUUUGAAUCAUUUGGUAUCUCAUUAUUAGCCAAACAGAAUGAUCUGCAAGCUUCAGAAUCAUUCAAUAAGUUAUUAAUAAAAAUGAUAAAUGCUACUUGGAGGUUGAUACAUAAAUAUAGAUCUCUAAUGCGAUUACAUGACAACUUGACCGAAUCGAAUCAUAGGACUGUUAAUGAUAACAUUAAUCUUAAGAAUCAUGUCAAGCGGUUGAAGGAAGAUGUGCAAAAAAAGGAGCAAGAGUUGUGCGAAGCACAGGAGAGAGAAAGAAGACUUAAGGUUCAAUGCGGGAGUAUGUCGCGUGAUUUAAAGCAUGAAAAAGAGGAGAUACGAAAACUAAAAAAACAAACUCAAUCGAAAGAUAUUCAACAUGAUCAUGAAAUGAGAAGGAUUAUGCGGAACAACGAGAAACUCCAGGAGCAGUUACACAAGUCUGUUGGAACCUUUGUGCCAAAAGACAAAGUUCUACAAAUGAUGCAAACGAAUCAUGAGAAGGAAUUGACUUCAUAUAAGCAAACUAUUUGUCGCUUGGAAGAAAACAAUAGACAAAUGCUAGAAGAGAUCAAUAAUUUAAAACAAGCUCUCGAGUUACAUCAAAGUGCCAUCGAUUUACAGGUUGAAGCAUGUGGCUGGAACACGGAUUUGAACAUCCAACGUAACUAACAUUGUAAUUUAUUUGUAACUUAUAUACAGGAAAGCACGCACAAUUGUUUGAAAUAUGUCUGUGCAUUAGUGUAGAAAUAGAAUUUCAUACUAAUAUUGUUUGUUGUAAAAAAAAGAGCUUUAUAUGCUUUACGCGAAAAAUUGUAUUAGAUAUUUUGUUUAAAAGAUUUUCUCGCUCGAUAUUUUAUAUAUAAAAGUGCUAUAUGAUUUCC